AGCAAAAUGAUUUCUUACUGCUUCCGCUUGUUUAUUUUCCUGUCCCUCUCAAGUUUUAGCGUUGAAAGUCGACAACUCAAUGGAAAUGCAUACAAAUUAUCAUCAAGGUUUCCAACAUUCCAUCAUGAGGACCCAUCCCAUUUGGACAACAAUGGCACUAUUGAAGGCAAAAGAUGGGCAAUUUUAAUUGCUGGGUCACAAGGUUAUGAAAAUUAUAGGCAUCAGGCUGAUGUUUGUCAUGCAUAUCAAAUUCUAAGAAAUGGCGGAUUAGAAGAUGAUAACAUUAUUGUUUUCAUGUAUGAUGAUAUUGCAUUAAACGAAUACAAUCCAAGACCCGGUAUCAUCAUCAAUAAACCCGAUGGAGAAAAUGUUUACAAAGGAGUUCCCAAGGAUUACACAGGGGAAGAUGUGAAUUUGAACAAUUUUUUGGGUGUUAUUCUUGGGAACAAAACUAGACUUACCGGCGGUGGAAGUGGGAAAGUGGUUGACAGCGGUCCAAAUGAUCGUAUUUUCAUAUAUUAUGCUGAUCAUGGCAGCCCUGGAUUACUUGGAAUGCCUUCUGGUGAUGACCUUUAUGCCAAAGAUCUCAUAAAUGUGUUGAAGAAAAAACACCAAGCUAAAAGUUACAAAAGCAUGGUAUUUUAUGUUGAAGCAUGUGAGUCUGGAAGUAUGUUUGAAGGAAUUCUUCCAAGCAAUUUAAAUAUAUAUGCAGUUACAGCAGCAAAUGCAAGAGAGAAUAGUUGGGGAACAUACUGUCCUGGAGAUUAUCCCUCUUUCCCUUCAGAAUUUGAUACUUGUUUGGGAGAUUUAUUCAGUAUUUCUUGGAUGGAGGACAGUGACAUUCAUGAUUUGCGUAAUGAAACUCUGGAGCAGCAAUAUCAAGUGGUUAGAAGAAGGACAGCGGUUGAUAGCCUGGAUGUUAGUUCUCAUGUCAUGCAAUAUGGAAGUAUGACAUUCAAAAAGGAUUUUCUCUUCUCUUAUUUGGGUACAAAUCCACAAAAUGAUCAUUUUGCACUUUCUUCUGCUCAUCACUCCCUCAAUUUACCAAUUACUUCAAAUGUUGUUAGCCAGCGUGAUGCCAGCCUCCUUCAUUUCUGGUAUAAGUUUCAUAGAGCGCCUGAAGGCUCUCCAAUAAAGGUUGAAGCUCACAAGGAGUUGGUUGGUGAACUUUCACAAAGGAAGCACAUUGAUGAAAGUAUUAAUCAGAUUAUAAGAGUUCUUUUUGGGUAUAGAAAUGUCCCAGAGAUGCUCAACUCAGUUCAAUCAGCUGGAAAACCUCUUGUUAAUGAUUGGAAUUGCUUCAAAUUGCUUGUUAAUGCAUUUAAAAAAUGUUGUGGAUCAGCCACAUCAAGGUAUGAAACGAAGUAUAGUGGAGCUUUUGCCAAUAUGUGCAAUGCUGGGGUGGAUAUGAAGCAGGCUACUGCAACAAUAACUGAAGCCUGCUCCAUCCAUUCAUGA